GGAGGGAUAGGAGGUCAACAAAGGUAUUAUACACCCCUGCCCUCAGUGACAAUUCGGGAUUACAAAGGAAAGAACUGUGAAGAUGGCAGAGGGAGUCCAUAAUUAUUUUGAGGAGAUUGUGGAGAGACACGAAGGCAUUCUUGCCAUUUUAGUUACGGAUAGAGAUGGAGUUCCGAUCAUUAAAGUUGCAGAUCCUAAAUCUCCACAAAAUGCUCUGAGAGCCAGUUUUCUCUCAACAUUUUCUACAACAGCUGAACAAGCAAGCAAACUUGGAUUAUCAAAAAACAAGAGCAUUGUCUGUUUUUUUGCAUCCUAUCAGGUUGUCCAUUUUAGUUUUUUUCCUCUGGUUGUCAGCAUCAUUGCAACAAAUCAGGCAAACACAGGACUUCUGCUGGGAUUUGAGAGUGAAUUCACUGAAGUAGUGAAGGCAGUCAAAGUUGUGGUGGAUGGUGUUUAGCAAAAAUAUAUUAAACUGAUAUUCUUGAAAGAAUACAACUCUAAAUAAGAAUUAAGAAAUAAAAUAAUUAUUUUUGUAUUACUA